AUGGAUAGUAACCGUGCUUUUCGAACCAUUUUAUAUGCCGCAUUUCUCAUUGAAAGUGCCACAGCAGCGGGUGGUAUUUUUGGUUUGAAAGCUCUUACCGGCAAUAUGCCUUAUAUUGGAUUUGGUAAUCCGUGGAUAACCUAUCCAAGAAUUGCUCAUGGUGGAGCUGGUCUUUAUUCACCAUAUUCGUUAUGGAGAUAUGGUGGUAUAUCCGGUGGAUACGGUAAUGCAGGCAUAUACAAUCCAUAUCAAACAUAUUUAUUUAAUCAAUUCGGAUCACAACCAUUAACCACUUCGUCCAGAUUGUCAAAUCUUUUGACCACAACCUCAUUAAGUGGUGGAGGAGGAGGAUAUUACAGAGGUAGAGGAAAUCCUUGGAUAACUCAAUAA